UAGAGCUGCGUCUCAAUUGAAAUCAAUGGUGAAAUGCGACUUAGGUGGAAGAUCGACUUUCACGACUUCUACUAUUGCACCGGAUUUGAAGGCCAGAUUGAGAAAGGGUGAUUUUGCGCCGGUGAGCAUUGUGCUUGGGAUGGUCGUUGUAGCGACGUCGUUAGGCAUGUAUACAGCCUUGCAUCAGCUCCAUUCGGCCCCAAACGUGCACCUCAAGAAAUCGAGAAGGGAAACUAUACCGGAGGUGGCAGAGCCGGAGAAAGUGAUGGCCGAGGCUGACAAGUUUGUUAGGAAAUCUUUCUUUAGGAAGGUAGCUCAUUUGAAGGACCCAACCGGUUUUGCCUAAGCCCAUUGCAGGUCAAGGUAUAUAUAUAAUUAAAUCUAUAUAUAUCAUAGUAUUGAGUAAUUUUAGUGUAGGAGUAGGCCUUUCAUGUUGAUAGCCCAAACCAUAGUAAUUUUUCCUAAACCAUAGUCGUAGCCUAAGAUGUCAUGCUUUUUUUUUUGUUGUAAAUUUAUGUAAUAAUGUAAACAUAAUAUGUUUAUUGUA